AUAUUCCUAUGAACAUGAACGCAACACCCGAAAACAGACAAGCCUGCCUGUGAGUUGUUGGAUAUUUAGUGAAAAACAAACAAUGGCUGCAGAAGACCUCUAUUUCAUGCAUCAUGGACUUAUGUUACCGAAAAAGACUCACUGCCAAGAAAGUCUGGCGUUUGCACAAGACUUCUCGUUUGAAGACAAUGACGCCAUUGCUGUCACGUACCCGAAGUCAGGUACAGUCUGGAUGCAAGAGAUCCUCCCGCUGGUGCUGAAUGAGGGGGACCUGACACCCAUCCUAACCAUCCCCAACUGGGACAGAGUUCCCUGGCUGGAGGAGAAGAGGUUACAAGAAGUGGUUGAUCAGCUGCCCUCCCCAAGAGGGUUGGUCACACAUUUUCCUUACCAGUUCAUGCCACCUUCCUUCAAAACUUCCAGUGCCAAGGUGAUCUACGUCAUGAGGAACCCCAAGGAUAUCAUUGUGUCGUCAUAUUACUUCCAUCAGAUGGCGACUUUCCUUGAGGACCCUGGAACUUUGGACGAGUUUAUUGACAAAUUCCUGCAAGGCAGAGUGUUGUUUGGCAAAUGGACGAACCACUUGAAGAGCUGGAAGCGUGCAGAGUUAGGAGACCGAAUCCUUUUCAUUACAUAUGAGGAAAUGGUUCAGGAUCUUCCUUCAGCUCUACGUAGGAUUUCUGAUUUCCUGGGCAAGAACCUGAGUAGCGAAGUCAUUCAGAAAAUAGCAGAUACUUGUUCCUUCAAGUCCAUGCAGGCCAACAUCAUGUCCAACUUCAGUUUGAUCUCCAAGGACUACAUGGAUCCUGACAAGUCUCCGUUCUUUAGGAAAGGUGUUGCCGGGGACUGGAAAAAACAUUUUAGUGCAGACCAAGUGGCCCGCAUCUCCUCCACCAUUUACAAGGAGCUGGAGGGAGAGAACUUCACUUUGCCCUGGACCCUGGAUGGAGCAGCAGACAAGGAAAUACAAAACAAAAUAUACCACACGUCCAGACUUGCCUUGCCACCUUCCUAGUCGCUGUGUUUGGAGUGAGUGAUACUGGCUCACUGGGGCGGCGUGGCUCGGUUGGUAAAGUGGCUGUGCCAGCAACUUCAGGGUUGCAGGUCUGAUUCCUCUCUUCCGCCAUCCUAGUCACUGCCGUUGUGUCUUUGGGCAAGACACCUAACCUAAACCUACCUGCUCCAAGUGCCACCCACACUGCUUUAAAUGUAACUUACAUAAUGGGUUUCACUGUGUAAUGCGCUUUGAGUCACUAUAAAUAUAAUUCACUUCACUACAAAUUUAGCUACUGACCCAAUACCAAGUAAAUACAGGGCCAAUAUUGCCGAUACUGAUACUUUGUACCUGAAAUAUUUAAAAAUGUUCGAAUUUUUUUUUUAAAUUUGCCUUGAAUAAGGUGAUUAUAAUUUUACAGGCAGAAUCAAGUACAGGUCAAAUAAACAAACAAUACUGUGUGCGUACACGGCGAUGAGGUGGCGACUUGUCCAAGGUGUACCCGCCUUCCGCCCGAUUGUAGCUGAGAUAGGCACCAGCGACCCCAAAGGGAAUAAGCGGUAGAAAGUGGAUGGAUGUGUGCAUACACAUGUAUCCUAUGAGUUUAUGUUCAUAACACUAUAAAACAAUAACAAUGUAAUAUGAAAACCACAAAAUAGGAUAUAAUUCAGAAAAAUAUCAAUCUUUUCAUACACGUAUAGCCCUAAUACUAAUACUAGCCCUAUUAUUUAUAUCAGGGGUCACCAGCCUUUUUGAAACCAAGAGCUACUUCUUGGGUACUGAUUAAUGCGAAGGGCUACCAGUUUGAUACACACUUAAAUAAAUUGCCAGAAAUAGCCAAUUUGCUCAAUUAACCUUUAAUAUAUAUAUAUAUAUAUAUAUAUAUAUAUAUAUAUAUAAAUAAAUGGGUAUUUCUCUGUCAUUCCGUCGUACAUUUUUUUCCUUUUACGGAAGGUUUUUUUUUGUAGAGAAUAAAUGAUGAAAAAAACACUUAAUUUAAUGGUUUAAAAGAGGACAAAACACAAAAAAAAAAGAAAAUUAAAUUUUGAAACAUAGUUUAUCUUCAAUUUCGACUCUUUAAAAAUCAAAAUUCACCCGAAAAAAAUGAAGAAAAAAAAAACAGCUAAUUCGAAUCUUUUUGGAAAAAAAGAAUUUUUUUUUUUAUAGAACAUCAUUAGUAAUUUUUCCUGAUUAAGAUUGAAUUUAGAAUUUUGAUGACAUGUUUUAAAUAAGUUAAAAUCCAAUCUGCACUUUGUCAGAAUAUAUAACAAAUUGGACCAACCUAUAUUUUUAACAAAGACAAAUCAUUAUUUCUUCUAGAUUUGCCAGAAUAAUUUUUUUGAAUUCUAAUCAUAAUAAGUUUGAAGAAAUAUUUCACAAAUAUUCUUCGUCGAAAAAACAGAAGCUAAAAUGAAGAAUUUAAUAAAAAUGUAUUUAUUAUUCUUUACAAUAAAAAGAUAAAAUACUUGAACAUUAAUUUAAAUUGUCAGGAAAGAAAAGGAAGGAAUUUAAAAGGUUAAAAGGUAUAUGUGUUUAAAAAUCCUAUAAUCAUUUCUAAGGUUGUAUUUUUUCUCUAAAAUUGUCUUUCUGAAAGUUAGAAGAAGCAAAGUAAAAAAAAUAAAUGAUUUUAUUUAAAUUUUUAAAUUUUACUUGGACUUUCAAAUUCUAUUUGAGUUUUGUCUCUCUUAGAAUUAAAAAUGUCGAGCAAAGCGAGACCAGCUUGCUAGUAAAUAAAUACAAUGUAAAAAACAGAGGCAGCUCACUGGUAAGUGCUGCUAUUUGAGAUAUUUUUAGAACAGGCCAGCGGGCUACUCAUCUGGUGCUUACGGGCUACCUGGUGCCCGCGGGCAUCGCGUUGGUGACCCCUGAUCUAUAUCCAUUAUCCAAAUCUAGAUAGAUCCACCCACCCCUACUAUUGAUCAGUCUUUGGUCUUGAAUCCAAUCUUUAUGGUCGUAGUGCUCCUACUGUGAUUUGUUAGCAUUUCUACCCGCAUGUUUUUACUUUUCUGUGAUUUAUAGUUUAUUACCCACUAUUUACUACAGCACUGGUUGUAACAACUAAAGCACUUGAUCUUGAAUAAGAUACUUGCACUAACAUUUGGACAUGUUUUGUUCUUCACGUAGCAUCAUUGACCGGUACGAUUCACUUAACAUAUGACUUGCUGGGAUAGGUUCCAGCAAAACUAGUGUCAACUACAUACAGUAAGACAGUACAAAGUCAACCGAUAGGUGGCAGCACAUUUCUACCUUUUCACAGACAAAUUACUCCUGUGCAACCAAAUAUGUCAAGGAGUAUAACACACAUGCAUACACGCUGACGCAAACAAUUUCUAUAUCAACUAAAAUAUAAUAUUUAUUUUAACGUAGUUUUCACUUGUCUUUAUUUUUUAUUUCAUACAGACAUGACCUUUUCCCCCGCACCCCCCCAAAAAAGCAAUGUCAAUAUAAUUCACAAUCCCCAAACCCCAAUGUGAUGUGCUUUUAAUAAAACUAUUAAUGAGU